CACUGACCCAUAUGGCACUGGCACGACCACCUCUUCGGCAGAUGGUCAUAUACUGUGAGAGGAACCACGAAGAACUGCAAUCAUGUGCUGCUUUCCUUGCUGCUGCUGCUGCAAGUGCUGCUGCGACCCCCAUAAGCUCACCUACAUAUCUGCGAUCAUCACGGGCGUAGAAGCGGGUGUGUUUGCCAUCCUGAACAUCGUCCUUCUGAGCAUGCAUUCGUGUACCGAGGAACCACCUGAGAAGCUGGGCGGCGGGCUCGACACGUUCUGGGACUGGUACUUCUACGACGAGCAAAAAUGCCAGCUCCAACACGAGAACUACACAGCUCCCUCUUGGAUCAACGCCACCCAGUACCCUCUCGACUCGAGGCCAAGGACGACCAUGGAGGAGAACAUCAAGUACCAGAUCACGUACCUGGCCCUCCACUCGGCAUGGCUGUUGUCCUGUCUGCUGUUAAUCUACGGUAACGCCAGAAAACUGUGGGGUUAUUACGUUCCUUGGGUUCUCAUAACACUCACUCUUCUCAUAAUGGAUGUUGUUAUUGCUUCGUUCUUCAUGCACGAUCUCUCGCAAAUCCCGUUCGGUUUCAAGAGCAGCAGCGGCAUGAUCUGGGCGUUCAGCAUGUACCUCAGAGGUUACGUCAUCUGGCUCGUGAACCUGGUGGAGUUCGGGACGGGGCUGAACGCUUUCUCCAAGACGUACCACAAACGUACCAAGGAGGCGAGGAAGAUGAGGAAAGUGAGGGCAGAGCGACAUGCUGAUCGUCAUUAACAGGAGCUGAGAAGUUUUCUUGAAGAAUGGAGGAAGAACUGCUUCUUAUUAUGCAGUAGAGGAUCGCUAUUGUCUGUUUGCUUUGUCUUUCUGAUUCUGUGUCUCCUUUUGUAUGUCUGGUCUGUGUGUCACGGUCUCUGUCUGUCUGUCUCU